AUGGCCUCUUGGAUUAUCACUGACUUGAAAAGGAGGAAGAGUCGACCGGGGUCACUGCCGACAGGGGUCAUGUUUGUCCUCCCUGUGAUCCCAUACUGGUCACCCAAAUCCCAUGCUUCUCCGAAAAGCAACAACGGAGUGGCUCCAGCAGCUUGGUGGCUCCUGCGGCUGUUGGGCGGCUUGGUGCGAGAAACGCUGCUUUGGCCCUCGGCAAAGCCGAGGACGCACCUAUGGAGCGCCUGGGAGAGGAUCGUUCGAGUCGCAUCAAAGACGUCAAGAGAUGUCGUAGACGGUGUCUUCUUGGCCUCAGAAAUAGGGCGUUUCUUAAGCUUAAAAGGCCAAGCUGUGAUGAAAUAUCAACCCAUGAGAGACUACCAAGAAAACUAUGACUAG